AACAAACCUAACCUUAACUCUAUUUCUCAAGUUUCAACACCUUUUAUUUAAUUUGUUAUAUAUCCACACACACUUCUUGUGAAAUUAUAAUACCUUUCAAUAAACACACCAUCACAUGAUAAUGGAGGAGUUAAUUGAGUUGGUAGGAGGAGCUCAUGAAGAUGAGUUCUUGAAAGAACUUCUCGACGGCAUUUCUCCAUUUUUUCCAGAGUCUAAUCGGGCAAUGCAAACAUAUCGAGGCCCGCCAAACGAUUUUGGGCUUGUUUCGGGAGCUUAUUCGGGCCCAACUGUCGAAGAAAUGGAAAGUGCUCUAUCAUCUUAUACCAACUUUGAAGCUAAAUCAGAAGCUGAAAGAAUUUCAAUGCUUGAAAGAGGUUACAAUUUGAGCAAAGCUAGCAAUGAUUACAAUAAGUAUACUUUGAGAAUAAAGAGUUGUGGUAGUGUCAUGGCCGAUGAUGGCUAUAAGUGGAGGAAAUAUGGCCAGAAAUCCAUCAAGAAUAGUCCAAAUCCAAGGAGCUAUUACAGGUGCACAAAUCCACAAUGCAAUGCAAAAAAACAGGUUGAAAGGUCCAUUGAAGAUCCAGAAACUCUCAUCAUCACCUAUGAAGGCCUCCAUCUUCACUUCACUUACCCAUUUUUUGUACAUAAUAAUAAUAAUAAUAAUAAUAAUAAUAAUAAUAAUAAGAAUAAUAAUAAUACUCAGCACCAGGCAGAUCCACCCAUAAAGAAACAAAAAGGGGCAGUACAAGAAGUCCAAUACAAAGCCCAAGACUUUUCAGCCCAAACAGACAAUAUGUCUGAAGUGGGCUUUGCUAAUAUUGAUUCUGGGCGGCAUGUGUAUCAGGCCCAGGUGGUUGAAUCAGAGUUUAUGGGCCACCAAGGCCUGCUUGAAGAUAUGGUGCCAUUGGUGAUUAGAAGGCCGUUAAUAGAUUCAUCAUGUGCACCUUCUAAUUCAUCUUCAUUAGCUUCUCACGAGUCAAAUCUUUCUUCACCGGCUUCACCACAUUCAUUAGCUUGGUCUCCAACCUAUUCACAAUUAGGUUUGAUUUGA